GAUUGAUCCGACAUUACCCCGAUCAGAUUUGAACUUUACAAAAAAUAGACCCAGAUUGCGUUCCAUCUCUCUACUCUCGUCUCCGGUGUCCACAUCCACACCGUAAAACCGUAGGCAAGCAAGCACACUGUCAAAUCAAUUUGGCCUAGGGCUUGACAGCAACGCCACCGUGUUGGAGAUCCAUCAUCCAUGGACGACAUGGCGGCAUACUACCCACCUCAGUCAGGCCUCCCCCACGAUCCUCGCUACCCAUACUACCACCCUCCUCCGCCACCGCCGCCGCCGGCGGUGGCUGAGCAACAUUACCACCUGCCCCAGCUAUUCCACCCCCAACCCCCCCCAUUCGCCUCCUACGCUCCUCCACCGUAUUCACAGUCAUCGCACGAUCAGGUUCGGACACUAUUCGUAGCGGGGCUUCCCGAAGAUGUCAAGGCUCGCGAAAUCUACAACCUCUUUCGGGAGUUCCCUGGCUACGAAUCUUCUCACCUCCGUAGCCCUAACGCUUCUUCACUGCCAUUUGCUUUUGCUGUAUUUAUGGAUCAACAGUCAGCAAUUGCAGCAAUGCAGGCACUGAAUGGAAUGGUGUUUGACCUGGAGAAGGGAUCCACCUUAUACAUUGAUCUAGCAAAAUCUAACUCGAGGUCUAAGCGCACCAGAUUUGAUGAUGAAAAACCUGGCUCGGAGAAGAGAAGUAAAGGAUCUGCUGCAUUUUCAAGGGGCAUUCAUGAUCCUGCAGGUGUUGGCAACGUUCACAUGCCUGGAAUUGGUAAUUCUGCUUACAACACGAUUGGUUAUCCAUCUACACAAAGUCAUGCAAACUUUGAUGGUAGAGCUGUGAAUGAGACAAGCACUGCAACCUUUCAAAACAACUACUCUGCACCUCAUGUUCCGCAAAAUGUUAAUGCAUGUCCAACACUAUUUGUGGCAAAUUUGGGGCCAACUUGUUCAGAGCAAGAGCUAAUUCAAGUCUUUUCAAGUUGCCAUGGAUUUAUAAAAUUGAAGAUGCAGAGCACAUAUGGAACUCCGGUUGCAUUUGUUGAUUUUCAGGAUGCUGCCUGUUCAUCUGAAGCACUGAAUCAUCUGCAAGGGACAAUUCUGUACUCAUCGCCGCCUGGUGAGGGCAUGCGGUUGGAGUAUGCAAAAUCACGGAUGGGAAUGCGUAGUAAGAAGUCGAGGUAAAUGCAAGUGUAUCAUGGGGAAAGGUGAUGAAACUUCCAGUGCGAUUUUACUCAAGUGAAUCUGAGUGAAUCUGCAUUUGUACGUGGUUUUAUGCUGAGAUAUAGGUUAGUUGAAUGCUUGUUGUAGCUGUUUGGAUUUUAGCUGCCCGUGAAUCUAAUACCAGGGGAAGGGUAAGUUUUAAAUUAUUUGCUUCUACUAUGUUUUUGCAGCAACUUUUUUUUUUUUUUUCAAAUUUUUAUUUAUUUGGGUGCUGCCAGGCUACAAACGAGCGGAGUUGAGUUUUAGUAUGUUUGAGUUUAUUUAUUAAGAUUUUAGCGAGUUUGAAAUCCAGGUCGAGCUCAAUAAAGAUUUUAAUGAACCAAGCUCAAGUCGAGUUGGUUUGGUGGUGUUUUGAAAAA